GGGGCCUUUAACUUUUUUUUUUUUUCCUCACUCUUGAGCGAAUCUUGCAAUCUAAGAAUAUAUUUUUUAUUUUAUUUUUCAUAAUAGCUUUUUUUUAGCUAAAGAUUUUCUAGAAAGCAAUUUUUGUUCGUAAAAAAGAGUCUAAUUGAAACUUUAACGUUUAUUUUUUUCAUAAAAAGCUUUUCUCAAAAAAAACCAAAAAAAACAAUAACAAUAAAUUCGUUUUCAAUAUAAUAUAUAUAUUUUUUUUUUCGUAAAAUUUUUUUCUUAUAACGUCGUUAUCAUUUGAUAUAUAUUUCUUUUUUUUAUUUUUUCACGAAACUUUUUUUUAAAAUAAUGAAAUCUUCGACUUUUUUCGCUACUAUUGUAGCUAUUUCCGUUUUAUUAUUUUCCGUUGUACCUACGAACGCUUGUGAACAAAGUUGUCGUACUGGUAUUUCAUUAGCAUUUGGAGACAAUUACUCCAUAGAGGUCGAUAAGUUAUUCCCAACACUCGAAGAUAAUUUAAAAGAUAAUUGUCUUAAAGGAUUUAGUGGAAGUGUUUCAUCAUCAACCAAAUCAUCAUUUAACAAAAUAAUUGAAGAUGAAACUGAUAAAUGUAAAAAAGCUUUCACGGAUAAUUUUGCAAAAUUAAUUGAGGAUUCAAUUUUCAAUCAAGUUCCACAAUUUAAAGGACAAUGUCAACAUCCAUUAAGAGUUAAUCAACCACCAGCAGGUGUUGCUUGGACUAUGGAAGAUUGUGAAAAUCAAGAUUAUAUUUGUGGUAAUCCUCCAGCUGUUUGUCAUUAUAUGGAUCAAUAUGUUAAACCAAGAAAUGUUAAAAAUGUUAAUGAAUCAUUGAAAGAUCGUCUUUCUUCUAAUGGUUCUUGCUUUAGUUCUCUUGUAAGAAGUUUAAUAAUUGCUGCUGCUAAAUCAAAUAUUAAAGCAAGUGACCUUGGAUCACUUGCUCAAACUUUUGAAGAUAAUAUUGAAGCACAAUAUAAUGAUUUUGUUAAAUAUUUUGAAGAUGAAUUUUGUAAAGGAACAACUUGUGAUAAAUAUGACCAUGAUAUUAAGGUCAAACUUUUGAGUUAUCCUUAAAAAGAAAAAACAAUAACAAUAAUGAAUAUUUAUAAAUAUACAUUUAUUUUAAUUUUUUUUAGUAUUCUAAUUUCCCCCCCUUUUUUUUAAUUUUAUUUUA